AUGAUGUGCUUUUUUCUCCAUUUGUUCUUAUUGCUGCUUACUCAAUUUCCUUCCUAUACUUUCUCAUUAUGCAGCCAUGAUGAUAACUAUGCCUUGCUACACUUCAAAAACUCAUUUGUUGUCACUGCACCUGCACAAUGGUCUUAUUGUUCACCCGCUCCUUCAAAGAUAGAAUCUUGGAAUAACGGUACAGAUUGUUGCGAGUGGGAAGGUGUCACGUGCAACAACGUAUCAGGUCACGUGAUUGGUCUCGACCUUAGUUGCAGUCGUCUCAAAGGUAAAUUCUCUCCUAAUAGUACUAUCUUCCACCUCAAGCAACUUCAACAACUCAACUUAGCUUUCAAUGAUUUUCUUGAAUCUUCAAUCUAUCAUGGAAUUGGUGAACUAGUGAAUCUCACAAACCUCAAUUUAUCAUACACUGGAUUCAGAGGUGAUGUCCCCUCAACAAUCUCUCACUUAUCAAAAUUAACCUCCCUUGAUCUCAGCAGCAGUGUAAGACUCGAUCCUUUCACCUGGAAGCGUCUCAUUCUUAAUGCAACUAAUUUGAGACAACUUCAUUUGGACGGUGUAGACAUGUCUUCAAUCAAAGGAAGCUCUUUGUCGCAGCUAAUAAACCUGUCAUCCUCUUUGGUCUCUCUUAGUCUAUCAUUCACUGGAUUGCAUGGAAAAUUUCCAACCAACAUUCUCUCUUUACCAAAUCUCGAAGAACUAGAUUUAUCAUUUAAUCAAAACCUUAGCGGUCAACUUCCAAUGUCAAACUGGAGCACUCCUUUGAGAUAUUUAGACCUCUCCUAUACUGUUUUAUCGGGUGGAAUUCCUCAUUCCAUCGGUCAGUUGAAGUCUCUUACUCACUUAACCCUUACCGAGUGCGAUUUUGAUGGGUUCGUAUCUCCAUCUACGUGGAACCUCACUCAACUCACAUUCUUGAAUCUUGCAGGCAACAAUUUUCAUGGUGAGAUUUCAUCACUACUUUCAAACCUCACACACCUCACUUCCUUAGAUCUUCAAUAUAAUAACUUUAGUGGUAAGAUUCCAAAUGUCUUUCAAAAUUUAAUCAACUUAGAAUAUGUAGCACUUUCUUAUAACAAUCUAAGUGACCAAGUUCCGUCAUCGUUGUUUAAUCUGACUCGGCUUUCUCAUAUUGAUUUAUCGUUUAACAAAUUAGUAGGGCCUGUUCCAACUGAAAUCGCUAAACAUUCAAAACUAAAUCUUAUAGCUUUGGCUAAUAACAUGUUAAAUGGAGCAAUUCCGCUCUGGUGUUAUUCCUUGCCUUCAUUGCUAGAGUUGGAUCUCAAUGACAACAACCUAAUAGGUCCAAUUGGUGAAUUCUCAACUUAUUCUUUGAGAUAUCUAUUUCUAUCAGAUAACAACCUACAAGGUGAUUUUCCAAAUUCAAUUUAUAAACUUCAAAAUAUUUCUGACUUAGGUUUGUCAUCAACCAACUUGAGUGGUGUUGUGGACUUUCACAAAUUUUCAAAUUUUACAAAGCUAAUUUUCCUUGAUCUUUCCCACAAUAGUUUUCUUUCUAUCAACAUCGAUGGCGGUGUUGAGUCCAUGUUACCUAACCUUGAGAUAUUAUACUUAUCUUCUAGUAAUAUUAGUACUUUUCCUAAAUUCUUAGCACAAGUUCAAAAUCUAGUUGAGUUAGAUCUCUCUUAUAACAAAAUUCAAGGGAAAGUCCCGAAAUGGUUUCAUGAGAAUCUCUUACACAAAUGGAAGGAAAUUGGCCAUAUUGAUCUUAGUUUCAACAAGUUGCAAGGAGAACUUCCAAUUCCACCUAUUGGAAUUCACUACCUUUUACUCUCAAACAACAACUUCGCUGGAGACAUUGCUUUGUCAUUAUGCAAUGCAAGUUCUCUGAAUGUUCUCAAUUUGGCUCAAAACAAUUUAACAGGCAUGAUUCCACAAUGCUUGGGAACAUUUCCUUAUCUUUUAGUAUUGGAUAUGCAAAUGAACAAUCUCCAUGGAAGUACCAUUCCAGAAUCUUUGAGUAGUUUGAGAAAUUUGGAGUGGUUGGACCUCUCACAGAACCAAUUGACAGGUAACCAAUUUGAUACAUUUGGAAAUGAUUCAUAUGAAGGAAAUGCAAUGUUGUGUGGAUAUCCAUUGUCAAAAUCGUGCAAAAAUGAUGAAGAAAAGUCACCAUAUUCAACAAAUAAUGAUGAAGAGGAAUCGGAAUUUGGUUGGAAAGCAGUAGUAAUAGGAUAUGGAUGUGGAUCAGUACUUGGAAUGCUGGUGGGAUAUUAUGUGUUCUUCAAUGGAAAACCUCAAUGCGUUGUAACACUUGUUGAACAUAUGUUUAACAUAAGACUGAAGAGAACACACAACAUAACGGGUGCAAAUCGCAGAAGAGUUAAUUAG